UGCAACAAUGCCGUAAAGCGUAGCGGUGUUGUCAUUUAGACCAGUGUCCUCUGCGCUCGAAAAUCGGGUCGUCCUUCAAACUAGAAACAGGACAACAAUUUUGAUCUCCCACACAAGAAAAUGGCAGGAACGAUUGCCCGUAAAGCUGUAGACCAUUUGAAAAGCAAGGAGUUCAGAGAUUAUUUGAUGAGGUAUGUGUUCUGUGCUAAUAUGUUUAGCGGAUAGCAGUCUCACUAGCUAAAAGUAGCAUAAGGUGACAGGAAUAGAAAUCAGUGAGGGACAGGUUCACCUCCUUCACUAUUCUUUAACAUCUAUGCAAUAAAGCAAUAAAGUAUUAUGAUUAAUUACAAGAUCAACUUAUCGUACAAUACAUUAUUGAAGGAUAUUUUGUAGAGCUGAAUAUCUAUUUUGGCUAUGUUAAUAUUUGACCCGUGUAUGGAUGAAUAAUUAACAUAUUUUGUACUCAAACACAUUCUGGUUCUUUUUAGCUACCAUUUAUAUUUUGCAGCUCAGAUUUUAUGUUACGUUCUUUGAGUUUUGUGUGAUUCUUAUACGCUGAAAUAAUGGUCUAUAAUAUAUACUACUUCAAAAUGAGUUAUGAAAUAAAAUGAAUUUAAGAGGUUUCAAUGUGAAUUUGUGUCACUCAAACGUACCACAAUAAGGCUUAUGCUGUCUUGUGUUUUACUUUAGACAAUGCAAAUAAUCUGCAUCAAACUUUAAUACUUUUGACAUAUGACUUUUGUAUGUAUGAAAUUCCUUUCCUUUUGUUGUUGUUUGCAUUUCUGAUUUUCCUCAUAUUAAUUAAUUAAUUAACAAAGAAUGCAUGAUUUCAUAUAGAAGUCAAAAGUACUUUUGUGUUUGACUCCAAUAUGUGCUUUCUCUCUUUUGAUGCACUGGAAACUUGGAUGUCUAUCAGCACGCAUUUCUGGGGACCUGUGGCAAACUGGGGUCUACCUAUAGCAGCCAUCUCAGAUAUGAAAAAGAGCCCUGAGAUUAUCAGUGGCAGAAUGACCUUCGCUCUCUGUUGCUACUCACUCUUGUUCAUGAGAUUUGCUUACAAAGUGCAACCCCGCAACUGGCUGUUGUUUGCCUGCCACAUAACCAACGAAACAGCUCAGUUAAUCCAAGGAAGUCGUCUCAUCAAAUACAAGUAA